CUAACCGGACCACACACACAGUGAUACCCUCACAAGUCAGAACACGCCUAUUCUCUUCUUUCCAGUCUCUCCCACUGAAAUUGGUCUCUGUUCGAAACGUUGGCAAUGGAGGUUUCAGCCUUCUGCUUCGCCGAGAGGAACAUGUGGAUUGCCUCUUUCGUGAAGGUUGCUGUGGCGGUGGAAUCUCUUCUUGCCUCCCAAUCUCUGGCCUGCCUUCUUCUAGUGGCUGGAUCCCUGCUCCUCAACAUCAAUGAUUCAGCUUCACCCAAAUCGUGCAGGAUGGAUGGAAGCUUUCCUUUAGAAGAACUCCUUAAAGGAAAACAUGCUUGCCUAGAAAACAAAGAUGCAAGUGACACAGACGAAGAUGAUGAGGAAGAUGAUGAAGAGGGAAAUGAUCAGGAAGAUGAUGGAGGAGAGGAAUUCUCAGGUGAAGAAGGUGACGAAGAAGGGGAUCCUGACGAUGAUGCGGAGGCCAAUGGUGCUGGAGGAUCUGAUGACGACGACGACGAUGGUGAAGAUGACGACGAUGAUCGAGAAGAUGAAGAUGAGGAAGAGGAAGAGGAGGAAGAAGAGGAAGAGGAGGAUGAAGUUCCUCAGCCACCUGCUAAAAAGAGGAAGUGAGAAUUAUAGUAGUUACAUUGUUUUCUCACCUUCUUUUGUAAUGCUUAGUUUAGUUCCUGACAGAAGAAUUCACCAUCCUGUCAAGCGGACAUGAUUCCUUGUGUCAAGCAUUAUAAACACCUACAAUUAGUGUAUUCUCUUAUUAUUUA